UCGUUGUACAGAGGUUAUUGUUUCCGUUUUAUUACCAGUUUUGAUUAGAUAUUUUCAGGUAACGAUCUAUUUUGGAAUUUGCAUUCAGCGACACCCAUCUCUACACUAGCGUGUGCUCCCUGAUUUGCGUUAUCAGAAAUAUUUCCCCUUAUCUCAUGUCACAAGUCUUCUAAUUCUUCAAAGUAAGCAAGUAGGUACCACUUUUCCUCGUUUCAUAACGGUCUUUCUUGUGUGUACUUUCAUUCCUUUUUCAAAUUCUAGUUUAUUUUUCUAGAAGAAAACCAGCGUGUAUCCUAGCGGUAAAAUUUAAGUAGAAAAAUGAAUGAGAUAACGAUUCCUACCGCCGUCAACUGGUUCAACGAUAACAUCAUCUCCACUACGAGCGAUGGAGCACGACUUGCAUAUGGAUCCAAAAACGAGAUCAUAGUGAUCAAUAACCUGAACCAGGAUCCUCUUGAUAUCAGCAAGUAUGAGACGACAACUUUUCCUAUCGGAGUGAAAAAUAUUAUCACCGCUGUGCGCUUCGCUCCCGUCGGGAGUGAUCACACUUAUAGUGAUUACCUUGCAUCGGCUGGGAAUGAUGGCAAAGUGUGCCUCUGGAAUCUCAAAAAUUCCACCAUCGUUAGCUAUCACACGGGACAUAUGUCGCCGAAAGGCAAUGAAGAAAUCAAGGGAAUGGACUGGUCAAAAUUGGAUCCAGAAACAAUUGUCACCGUUGCUUCAAGUGGCUCCAUUGUCUCAUGGAAACUGAACGUAAAUGUCAUUAACAGGUAUUCUCUGAAAGGGAAGCUUUCACCACAAUGCGUAGCAUGUUGUCCCGUCAAUAGAAAUCUAGUCGCCAUCGGAACAAAGUCUGGUCUCUUCAUAGUUUAUUCUCUCAAAGACUCUGGGAAUAUCUUAUGGAGCUUGCGAGGCCAUGAUGCAGAAAUUGUCUCUGUGGCUUGGUGUCCAGAAAAUUUCUGGACUGACUUCAAAGGAAACCAAAAAGACGAGGACGGAAAAACUGGGCCCCCACUGGUAGUAGCAACUGCAUCCAAGGAUUGCACUGUCACCGUAUGGAGGAACAAAGUCAGCGAACUCACUUUCAAUCUCUUCCCUGCCUCAAGGUACAAUAGCGCUCUUGGUAUCAAGCAUGUUUGUAUCUGUUGGCCCACCUCAAACACUAUCAUUGCUGGUACCCAUCAAGGGGAUUUGAAAUUACUUAAGCUGUCUGGAGAUCCCAAGACCGAGCUCAAAGGCACGAAAACAAGUAUCACAGACCUUCCAGUCAAGCACAACAAAUGUAUUUUCUCACUCACCUUUAAUCCGCUACAGAGCGAUGCCGGUGCUGGCGGUGAUGCAACUCCACCUAUUACUGUUUGGUCCGCUUCAAUCGAUCGCAAUAUCAUCGGUUUCAAUCUUAACAACCCCAAAAAACAAAUCUUCAUUCCCACCCUCACACAAAUCGCCUAUUGCAUGGCCUUCAACCCCAUCAAUAACUCCCAACUUGCAAUUGGCGUUGGAAACGGAGAAGUCGUUGUUUGGAAUGUUUCCACCAAAAAUAAUUUUGAUACAGUAUGCUACAAGAGCAAAAUAAUGGCGAAGGUUAUGGCACUGGCAUGGCAUCCAACUGCGGAAAAUCUUCUCGCAUUUGGUACUGGAGAAGGGCGUGUAGGUAUCAUCAACACCACUGGCAAGACACCUCCUGUGAUUCUGAAACUCGCCCACUCUAGCUCAGUAUAUACUUUGUCAUGGGCCGGACCCUUGAACUUCACUGCCGAAAAGCUGAAAAAUGGAUUGUCAUUGUACUCUGUCGGAGAUGGUGAUGUCGUUGAACAUAAUCCAGAUGACCCUAAUGCCACCCCUAUUAAAUUGAAUAAAGUACUCUCUGCGGCUGAUGAAUCAUUCAAAUUAUCAAUGCGUUUCCAACGAACAGAACUGGCAUGGAACCAUGACUCAAGUGCUGUAGCAGUUGGAAAUGAGAAUGGCUAUGUUCAUAUCCUCGAUAAAUCCUGGGCUGGCUUGCAAACCAUUUAUGCACACAAAAAGAUAAUUCAAAGUCUUGCAUGGCAUCCCAAAAUCAUUACCGAUGAGUCAAUGGCUCAAGUAACUUCAUGGAAGAACAUCCUAGCCACUGCCUCUCAUCAAAUCAAGGUUUAUGAUUUCUCAGAGGGCCUGGACAAAGAACCUAAGGUUUUGGUGUCUUUUGCACAUGCAGAUGAAUGUCGUGUCACAACCGUCGCAUGGAGUCCAUUCAUACCGUACCGUCUAUUGUCAACAUCAUACGAUAACUCAGCCCAGAUUUGGGAUGUUCUGAACAAGACCCCGUUAGCCAACUUCCCAGGACAUACAGGUUAUGUUAUGUGUGGGCUGUGGAGUCCAUUAGAUAAUGACACUGUCUACACAGGUGGAGCUGACUGCAAGGUCUUUGUUUGGAAAACAGCAGCUCAAACCCACAUCAAACCCAUCGAGAGAAAGAAACGGAAAGAAAUGAUCAACAAAUAUCAGCUGACAAAUGUUGUCGAGGCAAAGUAUGGUAAUGUGAACUUUAACGCUGAGCCUGUCUCACCAGAACACUGCAAUUACGUUGUUGUUGAGAAAAACAAAAAAGCUGUCCCAAAACUGAAAACACUGUUCCCUCUUACAGCUGCACACUUAUCGGAAGGAAAGUCUUUUGGUCACCUCAUCAGCAAUUCAAAAGAGAGCACAAAUGGGGAAAACGGUACUGCAUCAGAAGUUUCAUACUUAAAGUUCUUCGGUGAUACGAAUGACAUGAUGAGCCUCUUGAAUGCUGAACAAGCAAAACACACUGAAAUGCAGAACUUGGAUGGUGAACAGUUGUGUCGAUUUUGGAAGGGUGAUGUGACAGCACUGGUUCGCGAUUCGAUCCACAAGAAACAAGUCUCGGAGUGGAUCUUGAGUCUAGCACCCAUGGCUUCAUACAAACUCUGGCUUGAAGCAUGUGUUGCUUACGCAUAUCAAAUUGCUUUAGAGCAGCCUCUCCGUGCUGCUUCUUACUUGGUCGCAGCCAAUGAAAUCCAAGAGGCGGUUAACAUCCUCACCGGCAAGAACAUGCAUCGAGAAGCAGUUGCCAUGGCCAAGUGUCAUUGGUCUUCGGACGACCCCAGACUCCAAAGUUUGAUGCGAAGUUGGGCAGAGUACGCAGCUAGCAAUGGUCACUUUAGUCUUGCGGCGCACUGCUACUAUUCCAUCAAUGAUAAAGCUAGUGCGAUAACCAAUAUACUUAAAUGUAAGGAUCCCAAACUCCGCUAUCAAUCAGCCAUUCUUGCUGAAGAUGUCUCUACCCCAUUGGCCGUUGAUGACAUCAUCACCGACUGUUUCCUAGAUUGUUUAGCAAGUAAUCAUGUCGUCAACGCUGCUAGUAUGUUAGGCCAGCGAGUGCACCUCAACCAUUUAGCGGUCUGGCUGGAAACGUACAAGUACUGCAGUCAACACAUCCCAUUAGACUGGAAAAUGGAAAAAGCGUGGCUUGCCGGAGAGAGGAAAUCUACCCCUGCUUUGAAGGAUCUAGAAAACAUGAUGAAAGAUCUACUUGGUUCGGAUACUGGUAGCGUGUACACCAAAUUGUCAAAAAUUGUAGAUUCAAUUAAUGUUGAGAAUAGGAACAAGUUAAUAAUGUAUGUUAGCGGUCAAUUUGCCCUUUUAUUAUCUUCUAGUGACACUUCUGUGAGACUGAACCACCUUCUUAAUGCUCUAAGCAGUAGCUAUAAACUUCAAGUUCAAUGUCCCCAAUAUCAUUAUACUCUAAGUUUGUUUGCGCUUCUGCGCCCAGAAGGUCCUCAAACGCUUGAUGUCCUAGAGCAGUCCUUCAGUCUUCCACUAGGCUGUGCUAACAGCGCUGUGCAGAGCUUAUAUUUUUACAUGUCUGCAGCAAUUAUCAAGUGGUUGAACGCAAGUAUUAAUUUAUCAAGUACGGAAACAGUCAAAUCUGCAGACAAGAAUAAAAGCAUGGAACCAGAGGUCUAUGUCAGUGUAAUUAAAAGUCUCAAAUCACUGUUGCCGAAAAUAUCAAAGAGUGAUAUAAUUUCUCACUACAAAGAAAAUUCAUCCACUCAAAAUGCCAGUUCUCAAGUGUUCUCAUUCAGCUUGAGUGAAAUCAACGGCAAAUCGGAGAAUUCUAGCGUAAAAUUAAAUGGUACCGAAGAGGUAGACCCCAAACGGCUGCUCCAGGCCCAGUUCAUUGCAGUACCUGACCCUCAUUACAUUCUCUCUUCCCUAAAGUCUACUCUAGAGAAUAGUCAGCUUUCGAAUCUCAUUGGUGAGACGGAUGCGCCAAAAGUUGUAGCUGAAAUCGACCAAAUUUUGAAAGACUCUCUCACCUCUCCAACAGUGGAAACACGUCAAAAUUAAAGCAAUGAGUGUCUUACCAGGGCAUUAGUGCUUGUAUUACCAACAUGAUUUCGGAAAUACUCAAUUUUCCCACUUGGUAAAUAGUUGUUCGCAUUUCUACUUCAAUGGAAUGCUACCUCUCUUAUCUUAGCAUGGAAACUCAUUUCUUUUUUUUCUUUUUUUAUAUCGAAUUUGAAGCAUGUCUUUUAUUUUUAUACAUUUUACCGUCAAAUUACUGAAACAAAUUUGUUACCAAGAAACCGGUUUAUCAACAAUGCUAGUGUUGAUAGUCAAUUUUUACCACAGUAAUUUUUUUUAUUUUACUUUUACCUACUGUACUUACUGUCGUGCCGAGGAAAAACGCUGUGUGAACCUUCAGGUAUUUGUAAAUUUCUCUUGUUAAAAUACGAAUUUACUGUGAAAGUUAUGAAUAUUUUUCUUUCAACUUUUGAAACAAUUUUGUUUGCAUUUCAAUCUAUAAUAUCUGAAAAUUUCAUAUACAUCCUUCCAAACUUUUUUCAUAACCUGCAUAACUUUCUUCCAGAAUAAACACUUUAUUAAAGUGGCAACUUUCGUAUGUUCAUACAGCGUUUUGCCUUGGCACGACAGCAUACAACUAUCACAAAUAAUUCCAAAAAUGGAUGCACAUCUCUGUGUAGAAGAACUCUUCUUUCUAAAAUUGAAUUUCAUAUUCUUGUAAUUUACAUUGAAUUUGUAUCAAGAUAGGAUUUUUGUCUUACUGUGCGUAAUAAGAAGCCUUGUAGCUUCUUAUUUGUCGAUAAUGUACACAAAUAUAAAUGUAAUAUUACAGGGUGAAUCUCUAUCGAAAUCAAACAUGUAUUGAGAUAUUGAAACAAUUUGUUAAAUUAUUGGUUUUAUUACUACAUAAUGGAAAGCAAGUAGAAUUCGAACUUUGAUUGAUUUUACAUCUGAAAAACUAAACUACAACCCUGCAAAAAUUCCUUGCCACUGCCCCAUUGCCUCUCGCUUUUUAUAAUCAAGGUGCUAUAUUCAGCAUCGGACAGUUUGACUUCAACUUCUGGCUUUUGAUAGAUUUUUUCAGAUUUUACAGUCAAUACGCUCUGGUUAAUGCAAUGAAUCCGUUUUUUGCAUCACACUUAAAAUGAGAUCAGUAUUUUAACAAACUUUUUUUGACCAUGGCAAUACCUGUGUGCUUCUGGUCGAGAUUCACGAUUAGGAAACAAAAUGAAAGUAUUUUAAGUAUAAGAUCACCACUUAAACUUAGUUCUCUUUCUCCUUUUAAAUUUUAGUUGAUCGGCUUAUAUAACUGUGAUUUCCCUUGAUUAUUGCUUUGACUCUCAUGAUUUCUCUUCUCAUACUUCUUUAUUUUUAUUCCAUUCACUUUGAAAAUGUUAGUUAUUGUGGCUACUGUUCUUAAUGAUUUUGAAUUUCGGCUCCUGAGCAAGAUUUUAAAUUUAUGUUUCUUACUGUCGCCUAACAUAUCUCGAUUGCGCUGUUUCAGUAUUUCUUACUGACUUUUUAUUUUGUUUGUAGGAAAAUAGUCAUUUGAAUCUGCCUGAAAUUUUUUGUGACUUUUCUUCUGUGAGAAAAGACAGUAUAAUUUCCAGAGUAAUCCAUUCUACGUUUCUCGUGUGAAAAAUAAAAUUUUCAUAUGAAUACUGAAACAGCACAGACAAGAUGUGUUCCUCUGUGCGAGGGACGCCAUUACACAAAGAAUUGUAAACAAUAAUCAUUAUCAAUGAAUAAUAUGGGAAUCAAUCAACGGAUCUUAAAAGUUGAUUAUUGCUCAUUUUUGUUUAAAAAGUUGAAUUUCCAUCUCAGUCCUCAUUUUUGUAACAAAUAAGCCACUUUGCUUCAUUUUGAGAGAGAUAUUUUGAGGAGUUUUUAUUUUUUUUACAUGUUUUAUACUUAGAUAAGCUUAUUUUUCAUUCGAUAGUAAUUUCCGUAACCUAGGAUCCAUUAUGUAUUUAAAUUUAUUUGAAAAUAGGAACGAAGGCAGUUUGUCGCAAAUAUGUUGAAGAUAAUCAAAACCGAAGCUCGGUUCACAACCAUUGGCAUUGGUCCUGCAUUUGAGUACAUAAUUUUUCUGGCUUACUUUGGAGUGAAAAGGACACCCAUUUAAUUUGGUACCUAUAAUCUUAAAUUCCUCCUGAAUGAAAAAAAGAGAGAAAAAAUCAGGUUUCCUUAGUUUUGUCAGAUUAUAAAUGAAUGUUCUUGCUUGCCAGGAUGAGGCCCCUCAGUGGAAAACUCUCAAGUAUAUCCCUGUAACAAAUUCUCCCAUCAGUUUAUAAUUCAGGAAGUCAAAAACUGUUCUCGAAAAUGAUCCUACGACUGUUUUGAUUGUCAUUUUCCAACUUUAAGCGCUGCAACGUUCCUUCAAAAGACUCCACAAAAAAGGUAUCAAGUUACCCAUGGCUUUGGCUAAAUUUUGACGCUCUCCGAUAUUUUGAUAAAUAAAAAAUAAUUCAAUUUCAAAUUGUAUAGUAAUUAUACUAUUUAAUUAGUCUCUCUGAUGAAUAACAGUUCGUCCGUAAUAAAGUAAAACAAAUUUUAAUUUCAAUGAUAAAUGGUAGGAAAAACGACGUCAAGUUAGAAUAAUGUUGGAAUAAUGUAGUUGUGUGACUUCAGAUGUUUUUUUUUGUGGACUCUGCUGACAAAGCCUGCCUUUAUUAAAUUAUUUAAUUUUCCUUUUUUCAUGAUGUUGAAUAAAAAAGUGAGAGUGUAGAUCAGCACAGAAAAUCUUACUGGAAGACUUAUCUGCUCUCAACAUCAGAUGCUGCAUUUCUCCAAAAUCUUUGAAGAUGUCGCGUCGUUGUUAGUGUAUUUUCUAAGGGAAAAUUCACUAUUUUUUUGUUAUGUUUUGGAUUCUGUUACUCGUCACCAAUCGGUCAGCUAGCUUACUUUCAGAUUUCAGAACUGCCGUGCUAUUCUUGAAUGGGUCUGUGAUAGAUUGCAGAUGUUUUUCUCCGCGGUGAAACAUGUCCAAAAGUGGUUGUUUUUCGCAUGUUACACAGUUUUCCUGAAUUUUGAAUUCAAGAAGGCAGCGAAGAGCCUGGUGAUAUCGCUGUCUUUAUCAUUGUCAGAUCGAAGCAUCUCACUUUUUUUUUGUAUUCUUUGUUUACAUAUUUAGUUUUACUGUUUUCAUUGUCUUACCUAUGUUGUAGUUUGGUAAAGUUGAUAUGUAGUAUUUUGAUUUCGAAUCAUUGAAAAUCAGCAUUCCUCUUUUCAAGUAGAAAUAUUUACCUAACCACAUCUCUCUGUACAAAACCUUCUUCUUAUGCUUUCAAUUCAGAGGAUGUUACUGAAAGGCUCAUCCGGCCUCAAAAGGUCUUGAUUAUAUUGCAUCAAUAAAAUUAGAUUAUUCACCGAAUAUUGAUUCUCAAAUGAAUGAAAGAUCAUCUUUAGCUGCUAGUCUUAUAUUUAUUUUCAUGGUAUGCCUUGAACAAAUUAAAAAAAAUCGAUGUGACAAACCUCAUGGGGCAUUUAAAUAUUGAGUAAUAACACUUAUCUCCGUCUUCUAUUCUCUCUCCCCAUUGCAUUGCAAAUCUCAACUCUUUUUAAAUUAGGUAGUGACAGGUUGAAAGAUGCAAGCUUAUUUGAUACAAAAAUUGGUGUGAGGAUGGAAUUAUUUACCAAGGAUGCCAUGUGAGGUUUGAUUGCAUGAAGGAUCUAUAUGCUAUUCAAUAGAAAAGAAAGCAAUAUUUGCUGCAUGUUUUGGUUUUAAUGAUGCAAUGUAUCGAGUGUCUCUUUGGCAGAAACCCCCUAUUCACUUUCUAAAUUAGAAGCCAAAAUAAGCUUUUAACUGUUUUCGCUUACAAAGUUAUCUUUUCUGACUUUUCUUGAGGAGAACUUUGUUUCAACAGAAGCUCUUGGCUUAAUUACUAACAAUAGUAGUAUUAACUGAUUCAAAAUUGUCAUAGAUUUUAGUAAAUAUGACUCUAAAGUGAGCUUUUUAUUUGUUCCUAUACUUUAUUGGUUAUUCUAGUUUCGUUGAGUUUUUGUAAUUGCCCUCUGUUGAGGUGAAUGUUGUUCGUAGUUAAUUUUCUUUGAGUUUCAUAAUGUUACUGAAACUAAACGUGUGUCAUCAUCAUUGUCAUUUUUUGCAUGUCUACAAAUAGUACAUGAAACCUACAACCAUGUAAUUUUUCUUUAUCUAAUAUUUCAUUUUUGUCGGUAGGAGGGAUCAUCCACUCGCUGUAUAUGCGAUUGUCUAUGGGAAAAAAUCUGUAAAACGAAUUUUCUGAAGAAAAUUAAGCAUCAGGAAAAAUUUGACAAUGCUGUAUGGCGCUGUUGUUCUUUUUAAGAACUAGUGAAUUUGAAAGUUCUGUCGCCAAUCAUUGAAAUUAAGUAUCCUGCCAAAAAUGCGCUGGUAUUGCAAAGCUCCUCAAGGAAUUUCAAAAAAAAAAAAUAUUGCCAUGUGACUCUCAUCGAAGAGUUUAUUUUUUGUUGUGUUGAUAUCAUUUUGUCUUUCCACUAACCUGAUAUAAAAUGAAAAUCUGUGGAAAAGCUGUUCCAGUUUCAUUUUUUCAGUUUAAAAUUAGGCACAUGAUUGUUUAAUUUUUCUACCGAUGAAUGUUCAUUGCCUUCGUUUCCAAAAGCAGUUACAUUUUUCUUUUUUAUGUGAAUACUGAUGAUUGUACAUAACUUGAAGGAUUUAAUUUAUCACUGAAUAAAUUUUUUCUAUGAAAUCA